GAUACCAACGACAGUUCAACCAAGGGUACUGCCUCGCCUCGCUCAGCAAUCAAACGAAACCAAAACGUCAAACAAACGGCUCCCCCAACCUGAGACAGAAAAGAGUACCGAUCGCUCGCUGCGCCGGGUUGUGGGUGUACACAAAGGGAUGCAGUAUAGUGUAAACUAGACAACCGGUGAGCUGAAAUAAUGCAAAGCGGUGGUAUGGAGAAACUGAGGGCGGCAAAGAAGGUGGCCCCUGAUGGAGGUUGGGGCUGGAUGGCCACUUUCGGUGUUAGUAUGCUGAAUUUAGCCACGCGUUCGAUCGAACAAUCGUUCGGGUUACUGUUUGGCGAUUUACUGAACGACCUGCAGGUUGGAACGACCGGAGCUUCCAUCAUCAUCAGUACCCUCGAUGUAAUGAUGAACUUUUCCGGUCUGUUCGUGGGGCCGCUGCUGAAGGAGUUCUCCUACCGGAAGGUCGCACUCGCCGGCUCGCUUCUCUGUUGCCUCGGCCUGGCGCUCACGUCGCCCGCCACCAGUAUGGCACACAUCUUAGCCACGUACAGCGUGAUCAAUGGCAUUGGGGUGGGGCUGGCAACAUCGGCCGCAUUCGUUGCCCUCAAUCACUACUUCGCGAAGAAGCGCGGCCAAGCGGUCGGACUGUCGAUGGCGGGCACGGCGCUCGGAAUGCUUAUCUUGCCGCAGCUGGUGCGCAUCCUGCUCGAGCUGUACGGCUUUCGUGGCGCGGUGCUCAUACUGAGCGGGUUAGCAUUGAAUGCGGUACUCGGUGCGAUGUUGCUACAGCCGGCUAAGUGGCACAUGAAGGAGGAAGAGGUGGACAUCGAGAUGGUGGAGAAGGCCCCGACGAUGGGCAUCAUCUUGGAGCAGGAGGACGGUGACAAUGAUUCGCUGCCGGAGAUCAAAUCGAUGCUGUUUCCACGCAGCGUCAGAAGCGAACCGAGGCAGCCUCCAGUCGGUGGCGGUACGGGUACGGGUGCAGGCAUCCCGGAACGAAUGUCGACCGUCAGAGUCGCGGGUGCGGCCGAAGGUGCUGAUGGUACGGCGACGGUAGCGGUGCCUCUACUCGGAGGACCCAUGCUACCGAGACGGCCUACCUUCCCUCGUGUAAACUCGUCGCUCAGUCCCAACUUUCCGCGCAUCGCUUCGACCGCCAGCAUGAGCUUGGCGCUGCGCAGGCGCCGUGAGUCCGUUGUUUCCCAGCUUUCGAUCCUCGAUUUCACCGGUAGCGGCAGCUGUUUGCACAUUCACGUGGACACAGGUGACGCAGACGCAGAGGACGUCGAUUAUCAGAUAAUACGGCGCGUUAAUACCGAAGCCGGUAUGAACACGUCGUUCUUCCGGUCACCGUCGCGCGUCUCGAAGCGAAUGGAAACGGUCAAGUCGGAGCUGGGGCUGGAGAUGGUAAAACCGGAAAAGGUUUCGUUCCUGCAGCGCUUCACCACCCAGAUGGACCCAGGGCUGUUGCAAGACGGCACCUACUUGAACAUUCUGUUCGGCCUGUCGAUCUUUUACGUGGCGGAGAUGAACUUCAAGCUCGUGACCCCGUUCUUCAUGGCGAGCCUCGGCUUCACCAAAAGCGAGGUCGCUACGGUGCUGUCGGUGUCGGCACUGACCGACAUCGUGGCCCGCAUCAUCGUGCCACCGAUCGGUGACCGGCUGAAGAUUCGCAAACGCCACAUGUUCAUGGUGGCGAACGUGUUCGUUGCCAUCUUGCGAUCCAUCGUGGCCCACCAGCAAACGUACGCCCAGGUGAUGGUGUGGCUGUCGGUGACCGGCUUCUUCCGUGGGCUGGCGCUCGCCAACUUCACGCUGUGCGUUUCGGAGUACUCGUCGCUCGAGAAGCUGCCGGCCGCGUUCGGGUGGCACAUGGUCGGUAAGGCGCUGUUCGUGAUCGUUUUCGGUCCGCUGAUUGGUGCGAUCCGCGAUUGGACCGACAGCUACCCUGCAUGCAUCCACUCGCAGUCGUUUUGCAUUUUCCUAUGCAUCGCUGCCUGGUCCGUCGAGCUGUUGAUCAAACGCUUUCGCACGAAGAAGAUCGGUGAAGCAAUUCCGACCGGCAUCUAGCGGCGGCGGGCUCUCAGCUCUAGAGUCAAGGGUUGUUCCGGUUGGCGGCGCAUUAGUUUAACCAUGUAUCUAAGAAUUCCGAAGGCUGCGAUAUAGCUUAGUAUUUCCUGUUUUUGAUAGUUGUGAUAGUACCCUACAGCAGACAAAAGGUUAACGAUAAUCAGUUCCGAAAAUUUGAACCUAUGCCAAGAAGAAGAAUGCACAGUAUUACGUGUGUAUGGUAGUUGUGUUAGUGUUAAUAUUAGAUCGAUCCUUUAGGGGCGAACAGAAAACGUGCGCUGAGUUGUUGUUCUUAAACAAACACGCCGAGGUAUCACCCGGUCUUUAGGUAGCCAAGAUUCGGUAGUUUUAGCAGCUAACUGGCUGUAGUUUUGA